AGCCGACCGCCACAGCCCGCCGUUCCAUGCCGACGCCAUUCCCGGCCGGCUGCUCCGCGACGCCACGCGGAAUGCAGUUCCGCGCGGCUUCAGCCGCCUCGUCCGCCGCGCCGCGGCUCCAGCCCUCCGCCCGCCUCCUCCGCCUCUGGAGGCCCCGUCCCUUCGCGCACCACCUCCCGUCCAAGCCGCUGCCGGUGGCAUCGGUUCCUCCGGUCCUACUACCACGGGCACGGCGCUCCCUGGCCUUCACGCCCCGCGCCCACAGCAACCACCAUGGGCACGGGCACCACGGGCACGGGCAAUGCCAUUGUCACCACGGGGUGAACAUGCAUGGGGGAGGCGGGGGCGCGACGGUCAUGCGGUUGGCGAAGGCGAUCGGGUGGGCCGACAUCGCCGACGCGUUGCGGGAUCACCUGCAGGUCUGCUGCAUCUCCCUUGGCCUCCUCCUGAUCGCCGCCGCCUGCCCACACGUGGCGCCGCUCAACUCCGUCGGGCGUCUACAGGCCGCUCUCAUCGCCGUCGCCUUUCCUCUUGUCGGGGUUUCUGCAGCGCUCGAUGCUCUUGUGGACAUUGCCGAUGGAAGAAUAGAUAUCCACGUCCUCAUGGCUCUUGCAGCAUUUGCUUCUGUGUUUAUGGGGAACUCAUUGGAGGGUGGCCUGCUUCUUGCAAUGUUCAGCUUGGCUCAUACCGCUGAAGAAUACUUUACAAGGAAGUCAAUGGUUGAUGUGAGAGAACUGAAGGAAAACCAUCCAGAAUUUGCACUGUUAUUAGAAACGAGUGGAGACGGGUCAACACGGUUUUCUAAUUUAAGUCACACCAAGGUUCCUGUCCAUGACCUUAAAGUGGGUUCUCAUAUUUUGGUUAGAGCUGGUGAGGCUGUGCCUGUUGAUGGAGAAGUUUACCAAGGUUCAUCGACAGUCACUAUCGAACACCUCACUGGUGAAACUAAACCUCUUGAAAGGACGGUGGGGGAUGCUAUACCAGGUGGUGCUAGGAACCUGGAAGGAAUGAUGAUAGUACAGGUGCCCAAGUCAUGGGAGGAUUCAACACUAAACAGAAUUGUCCAGUUGACUGAAGCGGGCAAGAUAAACAAGCCAAAGCUGCAAAGAUGGCUAGACGAAUUUGGAGAGCAUUAUAGCAGAGCUGUUGUUGUACUGUCUUUAUUGGUCGCACUACUGGGACCGUUACUCUUUAAGUGGCCUUUUUUCGGUAACUCAGUUUGUAGGGGUUCAAUUUACCGUGCAUUGGGGCUUAUGGUGGCUGCAUCUCCAUGUGCAUUGGCGGCUGCUCCCUUAGCAUAUGCCACCGCUAUCAGUUCUCUUACAAGGAAGGGAAUUUUGUUGAAAGGCGGGCAUGUCUUAGAUGCUCUUUCGGCUUGUCAGUCUAUUGCAUUUGACAAGACAGGCACAUUAACAACCGGGAAGCUUAUGUGCAAAGCAAUUGAGCCCAUUCAUGGGCAUUUGGAUGUGAGAAAUGGUCUUAACGAUUCUUCUUGCUGUACUCCGAGCUGUGAAAGUGAAGCUCUAGCAGUUGCCGCAGCUAUGGAGAAAGGAACAACCCAUCCUAUUGGGAGGGCAGUGUUAGAUCACUAUGUUGGGAAGGACAAGGACCUCCCAGAAGUUGUUCUACAAAGCUUCGAGUGCUUACCUGGUAGAGGAGUUUUUGCUACUUUAAGCAUCACAAAGGCAUCAAACAAUGAAAACAAACUCUCUACGGCCGCUAUCGGUUCCGUGGAAUAUAUUUCUUCGCUAUACAGAUCAAAUGGUGAAUGCGAGCAAGUAAAAGAGGCAAUAAGAAGUUCUGCAUAUGGUCCUGAAUUUGUCCAAGCUGCUCUAUUAAUGGAUAAAAAGAUGACCCUUUUCCACUUCGAGGAUGAACCCCGUGCUGGUGCCUGUGAAGUUAUAUCCACCUUAAGAGAUAAAGCAAAACUUCGCAUCAUGAUGCUCACUGGAGAUCAUGAAUCAAGUGCUCUGAGAGUUGCUAAAGCUGUUUGUAUUGAUGAAGUGCACUGCUGUUUGAAGCCAGAGGACAAACUAAAUAAAGUAAAAGCAGUUUCAAGCCGAGGUGGGAGUUUAAUAAUGGUCGGCGAUGGUAUAAAUGAUGCGCCAGCUCUUGCAGCUGCAACUGUCGGCGUCGUUCUAGCUCAACGUGCCAGUGCAACAGCAGUAGCUGCUGCAGACGUUCUGUUGUUGCAGGAUAAUAUCUGCGGGGUGCCAUUUUGUAUUGCUAAAGCUCGUCAAACAACUUCACUGGUCAAGCAAAGUGUUGGGCUUGCUCUAAGUUGCAUCCUUCUUGCUGCACUUUCGUCUGUCUUGGGAUUUCUUCCUCUUUGGUUGACGGUACUUGUUCAUGAAGGAGGAACCCUUCUUGUCUGCUUGAACUCGAUACGAGCCCUCAAUGCCCCUACAUGGUCUCUGGCAGACGAGAUCCGACAGCUUGUUGAUGUCCUGAGGAAGUAUAUCUCGGCAAAAUUGAACAGCUCCUCAAAUUGUGCAGCUCAUACUGUCCCGCUGUAGAUUGCUAUAGCGACAAAUAUCUACAUGCACCGUUGGAAUUUAGGUGGAGGGGUUGUGGACCUAAUAUUUGUAGGCUGUACUCAGCUCACCACCAUGUAAGUAAAUAAACAAUGCUGAUCAUCCUGUAACGAAACAUCUGAUCAGGCUUGUUCGAUCCUCCCUAUAUGUUUUACUCCUGGAGUUAAUACGGUGUUUGGUCCUGGAA